UUCAGUAUCAUAAAUUUCCGAACUUCAAAAUAUUACUCCAAUAUCAUAGACUCUGUUUUUAAUUGUUCCUUGAGCUUAACGAAACACAAUAAUACACACUGGGGCUUUGUCCCGUUAAGAUUUUAUUCUGUUUUUACGAGAAAGUGAUUGAACCAAAUAAUAUUAUACUUCUGGGGGGUUCCGGGAUUGUUCACUCCAUAAAACUGAGAGAAUCAUUUGAAAGAGAUAAUCGAUAUAGACGAUGGUGAGAUCAUAUUUACCACCUGGUUUCAGAUUUCACCCGACAGAUGAAGAACUAGUGGGGUAUUACCUGCACAGGAGAAACGAAGGCCUUGAAAUUGAGCUCGAAAUAAUUCCAUUAAUGGAUUUAUACAAGUUUGAUCCUUGGGAACUUCCUGAGAAAUCCUUUUUGCCAAAUCGAGAUAUGGAAUGGUUUUUCUUCUGUCACCGAGACAGAAAAUACCAGAACGGUUCUCGAAUAAACAGAGCAACUAAAUCUGGUUACUGGAAAGCCACUGGUAAAGAUCGAAAAAUCGUUUGUCAGUCUUCUUCUUCCUCGUCGACUUCAUCAAUCAUUGGGUGUCGAAAAACCCUAGUUUUUUAUCUGGGUCGAGCCCCUUUUGGUGGUAGAACCGAGUGGGCAAUGCAUGAGUAUCGUCUCUUUGAUAACGAUACUUCACAAGGAUCACUGAGUUACAAGGGAGACUUCGCGCUAUGUCGCGUGAUUAAGAGGAAUGAGGUUACACUUAAGAAAUGUGAAACUAGCUCACUGGAGGUUCCAGAUGAGCCAUUGACCAACAAUGUUGACAUUCCUUGCGAAGCAAGAUACAUAGGAAAGGGUUCGUGUGACGCAAGUAAUACACUCCGGGCUUCUCCUAAUUUCAUCCUUGGAUCAUCGACUAAGGGGAAUUCACAAUCGCAAACAGAAGAAGAUUCUGGUUUCCAAGAGUUUUCACUACCCGAAAUCGAAUACCCACCAGAGUUCUUUGCAGAUUUAAAUUUCGACUGGGGAAUGGAGAAUCCUUUUCCGUUCGUACAGUAUCAAGAAGCUCAUGUGAACAAUGAAGUCAUUAACUAUGAUGUUCUUCGGAAUCAUCAUUGUUACCACAUCUUCACGUGACAAGUUUCUUUCUCUAAUCAAAGGUCAAGAAGCCGGGAACACCUUUUCAUUUUCUUCUAUAUUUCAGAUUGGAACCAAAGAAAAGUGAGAUGAAGAUAUAUGAUUAUUAGAUAAUUGAAGCAGAUUGAUGGAGGAGGGUGGCAGUUUACAGGAAGACUCUCAACCCACAUGCUGCUCAUUUUUGAUUAUUAUGUCAGAUGCAAAACCUUGACCAAUAAUUCUUUCUCUAUUUAAACAAAAAUAAGCGUUGAAAACAAUGUUUAGUUGACAAAUUAUUAAAUAUUGAAUUUGUACAACUUCUA